AUGUCAUCCUAUAAUGAUAACGGUUCACUGAUUAGAGCAUCAAAUAGGAAUGACCAGGCCCAACCAAAGUAUCGGAAGCGGGCGAAGCGGAUGCAACCUCCUGGAAGAUGUCUUUCUUGUGAUUCAUCUGAUACUCCUGAAUGGAGGCGAGGACCUGAUGGAGCACGCACUCUGUGCAAUGCAUGCGGACUUCGUAAGUAUAUUUUGACAUCGUAA